AGAAGUUGGGACUUAUCGUCUUGUAUGAGCAGCAAAGAACAUUUUUGAUUGAUCAAGGUUCGAGCUUUGCUCCAGCUCUAAUCUGAAGAAGAAGAAGAAGUCGGAGAAUAACAACCUGUGAGGCUCUGAAGCCCUUAAAAUGGCGACCACCAAUCUCCGAUGCCCUCAACUAGCGGCGGCGCCGCUUCCGCUGGGCCGGGCCAGCAGCGGCGGAAGAGCCCGAAUCCCAAUCGGGGCAGCCCGCCAGGUGUCGAAAAUCCAGGCCUUUCAGCGCAGCGACAUCGACGGCUUCGCGAAGCGGAUAGCCUCCGGCGAGGCCUGGCAGGACGCGUGGCGGUCCGCCAACGACGGAUUCGAACGGUUCUUGUUCGAGGCCAAGAAAACCGCCGAGCGGUUGGACCGGCAGUACUCCGUUUCGCGGCGGCUCGAUUCUCUCGCUCAGUCCGCCAUGAUUCGCGCGCGCGAGAUUGAUAGGGACUUCGAGAUUGGGACCCGCUGGCGCGCUUUUUCUAUGGAUUUCGCCAGAAAUUUGCCGAGGUACAGGAAGCAGCUUAGUGAUUUCUUGGACACCCCAGUUGGGAGAAGCUUUGCGACGAUUUUCUUCCUGUGGCUUGCAUUAUCUGGGUGGCUUUUUCGGGGUCUGAUAUUCGCUACAUGGGUGCUGCCAUUUGCUGCUCCUCUAGUCAUUGGAGCUGUUGCCAAUAACCUUGUUAUUAAGGGGGCUUGUCCUGCUUGCAAGAGGCAAUUUGUUGGUUACAAGAACCAAGUAAUUCGAUGUCAAAGCUGCGGAAACACUGUGUGGCAGCCAAAGAAAGGAGGAGGACCGGACUUCUUUAACAGAGAUAGGAGAGGCUCUUCUUCGUCAAAGAAAGAGCCGGAGAUCAUUGAUGUUGAGUUUGAGGAGAAAUGAAGAGGUACUCCGAGUUGUGGAAGAUCACCUUAUGGUAGUUUGUUACAUUACAUUUAAGAAACAAAAUGUAUGGUCUUUCUUUGGAACAUGUAUUAUAUUGAUAGGCAGGUGUUCAAAGUGGAUAAAGUUUGUGGGUGAUCAGUAUAAAAGUUUUUACUCCUGGUAGAGCUGCUAGCAAGAGAACUGGUCUGUUCAGAAAGAAUCAAAUAUAUGUGCAAUUUUGCUUAGA